AUGGUGGAUGUGGCAGAGUGCGGGGUGAGAGUGAUGUGUCGCUUCAGGCCCCUGAACGAGGCCGAAAUCAACAGGGGAGACAAAUACAUCCCCAAAUUCAAGGAGGACGACACCGUGGUGAUAACGGCCAAGCCGUACGUGUUCGACCGCGUGCUGCCUCCGAACACGUCGCAGGGCCAAGUGUACGACCAGUGUGCCAAACAGAUCGUGAAAGAUGUGCUGGGCGGAUACAACGGGACCAUCUUCGCCUACGGGCAGACGUCGUCUGGGAAGACACACACGAUGGAGGGCAAACUGCACAACCCCCAGCUGAUGGGAAUCAUCCCUCGCAUCGCCCAGGACAUCUUCGACCACAUCUACUCCAUGGACGAGAACCUCGAGUUUCACAUCAAGGUCUCUUAUUUUGAAAUCUACAUGGACAAGAUUAGAGACCUGCUCGAUGUGUCGAAGACGAACCUCUCGGUGCAUGAGGACAAGAACAGAGUGCCCUACGUCAAGGGUUGUACUGAACGUUUUGUGUCCAGUCCAGAGGAGGUGAUGGAUGUUAUCGACGAGGGCAAAGACAACCGGCACGUGGCUGUGACCAACAUGAACGAGCACAGCUCCCGCAGCCACAGCAUCUUCCUCAUCAACAUCAAGCAGGAGAACAUCGAGACGGAGAAGAAGCUGUCGGGGAAGCUCUACCUGGUCGACCUGGCCGGCAGCGAGAAGGUGAGUAAGACGGGGGCUGAGGGCGCGGUGCUGGACGAGGCCAAGAACAUCAACAAGUCUCUGUCGGCGCUGGGGAACGUCAUCUCCGCUCUGGCAGAGGGAACAAAAAGCCACGUGCCGUACAGGGACAGCAAGAUGACCCGGAUCCUGCAGGACUCUCUGGGAGGAAACUGCCGCACCACCAUCAUCAUCUGCUGCUCGCCGUCCGUCUACAACGAGUCCGAGACCAAGUCCACGCUCAUGUUCGGACAGAGAGCCAAGACCAUCAAGAACACGGUGUCGGUGAACCUGGAGCUGACGGCCGAGGAGUGGAAGAAGAAAUACGAGAAGGAGAAGGACAAGAACAAGGGCCUGAAGAGCGUCAUCCAGAGGCUGGAGGCCGAGCUCACCCGCUGGAGGAACGGGGAGAACGUCCCGGAGGAGGAGCAGCUGAGCUCCAAAGAUCAGAAGAGCAUCGAGUGCGACAACACCCCCGUCAUCGACAACCUGCCGCCGGCCGGAGGAGGCGUCGCCGUCUGUGGUGAGGAGCACGGCAAGUUCGAGGAGGACAUCACCAACCUGUACAAGCAGCUGGACGAUAAGGAUGAUGAGAUCAACCAACACAGUCAGCUGGCUGAGAAGCUCAAGGAACAGAUGCUGGAUCAGGAAGAGCUGCUGGCGUCCACGCGGCGAGACUACGAGAAGAUCCAGGAGGAGAUGUGCCGGCUGCAGGCGGAGAACGAGCUGGCUAAAGAGGAGGUGAAGGAGGUGCUGCAGGCCCUGGAGGAGCUGGCCGUCAACUACGACCAGAAGAGCCAGGAGGUGGAGGAGCGGGAUCAGAUCAACAUGCUGCUGGCUGAGGAGCUGCAGCAGAAGACGGCGCUGCUGUCGGCGGUGCAGAGGGAUCUGGGUCAGCUGCAGGAGCUGAACGGCCUCCAGAGGAAGAGAGCCGCAGAGGUCCUCAACCUGCUGCUGCGGGACCUCAGUGACAUCGGCGCCAUCAUUGGCACCAGCGACGCCAAGUCCUCAGAGACGAACGGGAACGGCUCGGCGGUGGAGGAGGAGUUCACGGUCGCUCGCCUCUACAUCAGCAAGAUGAAGUCCGAGGUCAAGUCCCUGGUCAACCGCAGCAAACAGCUGGAGAGCGCUCAGGCCGAUGCCCACCGCAAGAUCCAGGCCAAUGAGAAGGAGCUGUCAUCCUGUCAGCUGCUCAUCUCCCAGCACCAGGCCAAGAUCCGCUCCCUGACUGACUACAUGCAGAACAUGGAGCAGAAGAAGAGGCAGCUGGAGGAGAGUCAGGAUGCUCUGACUGAGGAGCUGACCAAACUACAGGCCCAGGAGAAAAGACACGAGACGACGGGGGUGGAGAAGGAGGACAUCGGACGCCUGGACGGAGGCGAGGACAUCAAGAAGACACUUGAGGAGCAGCUGGAGAACCACAGGGAGGCUCAUCAGAAGCUGCUCAGCCGCCUCCGAGACAAACAGAUGAUGCUGGAUGAACUGACCGAUCUGAACCAGGGUCUUUUACUGGAGCAGGAGAGACUCAUGUCAGACUACGAUAAAGUGAAGUCUGAGGAGCAGGAGAAGGACGCCAAGCUGCAGAAACUAAUUCUGCUGAACGAACAGAGGGAACAGGCCAAAGAGGACUUGAAGGGGCUGGAGGAGACUGUGGCUAAGGAACUGCAGAGCCUCCACAACCUCCGCAAAAUGUUCAUCCAGGACCUCACCACACGGGUCAAAAAGAGUGCGGAGCUGGAUUGUGAGGAGGGACUCGGCAACGGGGCCCAGAAACAGAAGAUCUCCUUCCUGGAGAACAACUUGGAGCAGCUCACCAAGGUUCACAAGCAGCUGGUCCGAGACAACGCCGACCUUCGCUGUGAACUGCCCAAGCUGGAGAAGCGUCUCCGGGCCACAGCCGAGCGAGUCAAGGCCCUGGAGAAUGCGCUGAAGGAUGCCAAGGAGAACGCCAUGAGGGACCGCAAGCGCUACCAGCAGGAGGUGGACCGCAUCAAAGAGGCUGUGCGCUCCAAGAACAUGACCAGGAGGGGCUACUCUGCACAGAUCGCAAAGCCCAUCCGUCCAGGCCACCAUCCACUGUCAUCCCCCAUCAGCAGCUGCAUCAAGGCCGGAGGCAUCUACACCCACUAA